CGCGCAUGCGGGUUGGAGUCGGUUUUCCGCCCAAGCACUUCCCCACAGAGUAAUGGCGCCAGUGUCCUGCCGCGCAUGGGCAGGAAGCACCCGUAGGCCUCCUCGCACCCCCGGGUCUGUGGUGGUUGGCGCGUCGGCUCGGAGAUGCCACAGGAGCUGGCGGCGGAACAGCGGGGACGGCUCCUGCGCUCUCUGAACACACGGGAGCCCUCUCACGUGAUCUUUUGUAAUCGGAGCCCCCGGGUGGUCAUCCCCAUCUGGCUGGACUUCGAGGGUCAGCCACAGCCCUACCCGGUCCUGCAGCCGGGCACCGGCCGGAGGAUGUACAGCUACCUCGAACAUCUUUGGCUGUUCAGAGAUGCAGAAACAGAUGAUGGACUUCUUGUCAAUCAGACAGAGCUGUUUGUGCCUUCUCGCAAUGUGAAUGGCCAGCCCAUAUUUGCAAAUAUCACACUUCCAGUAUUCAGUCUGAAAGAGAGGUGUCUUCAGGUUAUUCGCAGUCUGGUAAAACCAGUGGACUACAGGAGAUUGGAUAUUGUUCGGUCAUUAUAUGAAGAUCUGGAAGAUCAUCCCGACAUUAGGAAGGAUCUUCAACGGCUGUCUCUGGAAAGAAGUUAAAUGAUAAGGAAUGGUGUCCCUGAUUUAAAAUGAACAUCAUUCAUUCCAGACUCUUAAGUGGGGAAGAAAACUCUACUGGGAAACUACUGUGUGUAAGUGAUGUUAACCACAUUGAAACACAUUUCAAGAGCUGAGUAGGUGUCAGGAUUUCAUGCUCUGGAAGGUGCCUGCUCUCAUUUGGUUUCAAUAUAUAAAAUUUAUUAGGAUGGCAAGAGCAAGAUUCAAGAGAUCAAAUAGUAUGUAACAUAUACCAAGUUUAUGAUGUUUCAGUUUAAACAUAGUAGACUCAAUUCUGCAUGCAAUUAAACCUAUGCAAUGCUAUUGACAUCAGUGGCCUUGUAUAAGUGGAACUAAGGACAGAAUCUUGCUCUUUGACUGUUUCAGAACAAAUGUAACAAAAGGCGUUUCUGAUAUAGAGAUAUAACACUGGCUUGCCCACGAUCAUUCUCUUUUGGAGGGUAUAAAUACAGACAAUUUCCUUAUCAUUAGAAAGAGUGCUACAUCAAGGAUGAAAUUGAACUAGCUGCUUGAAUGAUCAGGAGCCAAACACAGCACUUGUAGAAGUGUGUAUAACUCCAUUGACUUCAGGGGAUUUUGACCUCCUUACAUAAGGACUAAAUUUGCUCCUAUCUUGCUCUUAGGGAACCUGAUCCAAAGCCCACUAAAGUCAAUGGAAAGUCUGUGUGUAUAGGCAUAAGGAGUUUUCUGCCCCUGCUCUCUGCAUUUGUGUAUCUGCAUCAGGGUUAUCAGAAUCUACCACACGGGUCGGCACAUCCCUCACCUGCGCCGCUUCCCGCCGCCCCCAUUGGCCUGGGACAGCGAACCGCGGAGAGUGGGGGCUGCGAUCGGCCGAACCUGCCGCGUCAGCAGGUAAAUAAACUGGCCCGGCCCGCUAGGGUGCUUACCCUGGCGAGCCGCGUGCCAAACAUUGCCGACCCCGAUCUAGCACGUAGGGUUGAACAAUAUUUCUAGGUUAAAACACUUUUUGAAAGGUCACUGGCUGGAUGUUUUUCCCUCUCCUGUUGCUGGACCUUUUUAUUAACUUAUGUGGACCUCUAUGCAUCACUUUGAGUUAAUGUGUCCUGGUGUGGUGAGAGAUUGCUUCUGAUGAUGAGUUGGCAAGGUUGGAGGGUUGUUUGAAGGCCAGAAGAGGACACAGACCAGGACAUGCCAACUCUAAGCAGCACGAGACCCUGUCCCAACAACAGAUGCAAAACCUGCAGACCUAACGCCAAUGCUACAGUAAGCAAUAUCUCCCUGCAACGCACCUUUUAAGAGCCAAGUGUCAUACACAUGCUUAUCACAACAUGUGGUGUACCUCAUCCAGUACAUCAAGUGCCCCAGCAAUAACUAGGUGGGUGAAACCAGACAAUCACUGUGCUCUGAAUUAACUCUCACAGAGAAAAUGAUAAAAGACAAAAACACCAUAUCACCCAUGAACGAACACUUUUUCACAAAGCAAUCACUCCGUAUCUGACCUCUCAAACUUCAUCCUCAAAGGAAACCCGCACAACGCCUUCAAAGGAUGAGCCUUGGAACUUCCAAUUCAUAAUUCCAUUGGAUACUAAAAACCCUGGACUUAACAGAGACUGGUUUUAUGGCUCAUUACAACAAUUUGUAACUCACCUUACUGCUUGCUAAUUGCCCACUUCAUUUUAAGUGGUCUGCUAUAGUAGGAAUGAACCCCUUAUGCUUAACAAUCUGUCCCACCUUGUAUUUAGCUCAGGCACUCUGGUUACCUCCCUGAGACCUGAGGAAAAGUUCUGUGCAGCUCAAAAGCUUGUUGCUUCCACCAACAGAAUGUGAUCCAGUAAAAAAUAAAUAUUACCUCACCUACUUUGUCACUCUCAAAACCUGGGACCAACAUGGCUACAACAACCAUACAAAUAACAUAUGUGCAGGAAUCCAUCAAAGGUGUAAAUACUAUGCAAGGUGAGCAGCAGAUCUUUGCAUAAUAUUUUGCCAUUGUUUAAUCUUGCACAUUUAUUUCUAAUGAAAAAAAUAUAUACAUUCUAGGAAAACUGCUGUGAAACUAAAUGAGUAAGAAGCCACAGUGUAAAUAUUUAAGUGUCUUUCCAUUUUUGUAAAUAUUAGUUUAUUUUUUUCUUAAAACAUUGUGAAUUAACUGAGUUUUGUUCUGUGCCAGAAAAUGUAAAUACAUAUUAACUUGAUAUUGGGUUUUAUUUUUUACAUGGUUUUCUUGUGUAUAGUUUACAUGGUUUUUUAGCCAUAUAUUCUUGCAUACUAGAAGGAACCCCUGGAGGUAUUUUUAAUCAACCACAAAUGUACACUUUGCAAAACUACUGAAACAAAGGCACAAGAAGUGAGCUGUAGCCCACGAAAGCUUAUGCUGAAAUAAAUUUGUUAGUCUCUAAGGUGCCACAAGUACUCCUGUUCAGUUUACAAAAUGUAACUAACCCCUUCCAUAGGCUGUGUCUACGCUAAACUUUUCCCCCUAAAAUUUCCGUCUGUUGCUACUAAGAUGAAGCUCCAAUGUUGGGAGCUCUAGUGUAGACAAAGUGCCAGCAGUUUCCACCAUUUAAAACCACCCUCUAACGUAGUUGUGGUAAAAACACCAGUACCUUGCCUACACUAGUACUCCACUCUUGCUACCUCUGAUUGCUGCUCCACUAGUAGUAGUAACAAUGGGAAAUACU